AGGGAUGUUGAAUACUUAAAUAAAGGCAUCAGGACAGGAUUUCCAUUUCCAAAUUCUCAUCGAUUCCCCCUGCAAGUGAUUGCCUGUAUGGAUCUUUCCAUACAUCUUCUCUGGUUCAGAUAAGAUCAGCACAUAACAUCGUGAUGAAGAGAAUUAGUGAAUUACAGAUAUUCAUCUCAAGAGCGAUGCCAAAUUUAGUUUCUGUCCAGCAAUACUGAGACAAUAGAAAAACUCAAAGGAAUCGAUGACGAGAUCAAGUGAAGGUAUUAGUCAAGCUUCUAAAGCAAGUUUAUCAUCUUCUAGCCAGAGCAAGAAGGAACGUGACGAGGAGGAGGAGGAUGAGGUAGACGCUGAGGAGGUGAUGGAUAAAGAUAGCCAGCAGCAACCCAGCAGCAAGAAUGGUGGUGUUAGCUCCAGCAGCACCACCAUCGAAGAAAACGAAAAUUCGAAGGGCGCUGCAGGUGGAUCUGUACGACAGUAUGUGCGUUCCAAGACUUCGAGGCUCCGAUGGACUCCUGAUCUCCAUCUUCGCUUUAUUCAUGCGGUGGAAAUAUUAGGAGGGAAAGAGAGAGCAACACCAAAGUUGGUUCUUCAAUUGAUAAAUGUCAAGGGUCUUAGCAUAGCUCAUGUCAAGAGCCAUCUUCAGAUGUACAGGAGCAAGAAGAUAGAAGACCCAAAUCAAGAGCAAGGCUUCUACACGGAAGGUGGAGAUAACCAUAUAUACAACCUUACUCAACUCUCCAUGCUACAAAGUCUCAACAAUCAAUGGUCUUCUUCAGGAUUAAGAUAUGGUGCUGAUGCGUCUUGGCGCAGCCGGAAUGAAGACCACCACCACCACCAGAUUUAUAGCCCUUACAGCAAGACUCAACUGUUUGAUCAUCAUAAUGCAAGAGUUACUGGACUUUAUGGUUCACUUGCCCAGAAAAUAUUCGGAAACAACCACACCAGUACUAGUACAACUACUAACAGUGCUGCUACACCAAACACUAUCCAAUUUCAUACAAAUCAUAUUCCAUCGACGUGGAGAUCUAGGCAUCAAAUUAGUACUCGAGUCCAUGAAGAGCUCCGACGUCCCUUCAACAGGCAGUCAUGGACUUCAUGGCAAGAUCACAGUUGCUUGGACAACACUAGCAACACCCGAGACACACUGAAACGAAAGUCUCCAGAUUCUUCAGAUAAUAACGCUUCUGAUUUGGAUUUGAACUUAUCACUGAAAGUUCCAGCAACCGAAGAAAAAGUACUGGGAUUUGGUCUGUCUCUUUCUCCAUCUUCAUUGUCCUCGAAGCUCGGCUUGAUGAACAAGCUAGAAGGUAAUGGUGGUCAUGAUGGGGAACAUGGGAGAAAGGCAAGUACUCUGGACCUCACUCUAUGAAUAUUAAGAGACAAAAUGUUAUAUAUUCCAAGUGAGAUCUUGAGGUACUUGUCAAUUCAAUUCGACCAAAAUGCUAGCGAUUCAACUUGACCAUUGUCAUAUUCUACAGCAUAAAAAUUAAGAUAAUUAUCAACACUAUUGGAUGUGUUAACCAGUUAAAUAAUUUCCAUUUGUUGUAUGUGUUAAUAUCCUGUGUGUGUGUAAGAAUCAAAUUAAGCAAUGUGAUU